AUGGUUUGCGAACUCGAUAAAAGUUGGUUGGAUCCGCCAAAACAAACAAAUUUAAAUCAUACUUCAUCGUCGACUGUCGCCGUCACUAUUUCUAUUUUGAAACAGGAUGAUUUAGAAGAUCCAUUUGGUAAGAAACAAAAAUAAAUUAUUGGUUUUUGAAAAAAUGGAAUUUCUAGCUCUUCUGGAUGGUGGAUUAAAAUUCGUCAAGCCGAAUAAACGACAAAAAUCAAAAUCUCCUGAAGUGAACUUGAAGAAGAGAAAAAUAGAAAAACCGAUCGAUGAUAAACUUCGUCAGACUGUGCUCGAUCGAUUCAAUUUUGAUGUCGAUAUUUUCGAGAUUUAUCAUAUUUUGCGGAUAUCAAAAUCGAAUUUCAUACCAAUUCCUCGAUUUUUAGCCAUCUCCAAUGGAAUGUGCACCGCAGAUGAUAGAAAAUCUGCAAUUUUCUCGAUUUUCUCACGUAGAAAAGAGCUUUGUAUAAAAUCAGAAAGUCUUCAUCUAGCAAUCGGGAUCCUUGACAAAUGCUUGGAUAAAUUGGCAGUUUCUCCGGAGACGAUUUCUGAUUUGGCUGUAGUUUCUCUGAUUCUUGCCACAAAACAAGAGCAAGUUGAGAUUCUCACGAUAAAAGAUGUUAUAAAAUUCGGUUUAAUUCGUGGGAAAUCAGUGUCGGAGAUUUGCAAACUCGAGAGAUUGAUAUUUACAACUGUGUCUUUUCAUAUUUCGUUUCCAACACCUUUUGCAUUUAUCAAUUAUUUGUUGGCAGUUCUUGACGCGAAAAAGAUGAAUAUUAAUUUAGCGCAUGUAAGGUUUUGUGUUUUGAUAGUUUCAAGUUACGAGUUCUGUUUGUAUUGAAACCAAAAGUUUCAACCGUUGAUUUAGCAAAUAAAAUGAUUUCAUCACAAAUUUAUUUUCCAGUAUCUCAUCGAACUCGCUUUAUUAUCUAUAAAUAUUCGAAAAUUCAAAUCGGAAGAAGUCGCGCACGCUGCCACGUGUCUCAGUUUAGCAAUCUCCUCAAAAUCUCCAAUCGAUGAUCUUCGCCAAACUGAGAAAUCCUUGAAAUCGUUUUCAUUAAUUGUCGAGGGAACUACACGACAUAUCAUGAAACAACUACUCGAAAUGUAUAAAUUGGCGCUCCACGAGGUUCACGAAAUUUAUGUGGAAUUUGAGAGCAACGAACGGGAUACUGUCUCAAUGUUCCAAAUCAAUAGUGAUUUGGAGAAAUUUUUAAUGAAAUGA